AUGUGUGUAGAAGAUAUUCCUCGUCAUGAGCGUGCCGCUGAAAGUUAUGUGAAGCAAUGUGCACUACUCGAUACCAAAGUACUUUCUACUUGGAGCGAAUGGAAUGAGAGCCAAAAGAAGUUGAAUUUAAUGUACAAUCAGGCUGUUGCAGAUCAUCCAGAACUCAUAGACUUUGUCCAGAAACUACAGACCCAAGCCAAACUAAGAAUAGCUGAAGCCAGAGACGAUACAAGCUUCUAG